AUGAGAAAAGCACAUCGACUUAAAAGACGUUUCUAUUGUGCAAAAGGGCCAAACAAUAUUUGGCAUUUAGAUGGUUAUGAUAAGUUUAAACCAUUCGGAUUUUGUAUACACGGAGCGGUAGAUGGUUUUAGCAGGAAAGUUAUCUGGUUAGAAGUUUCUGACACUAACAACGAUCCAAAACUGAUUGCGAUAUAUUAUUUGGAUGCAUUGAAGCGCAUUAAAAAAACACCUCGCAUACUUCGUUGCGAUGCUGGAACAGAAAACAGUGUUGUUUGUCUUCUACAGCAGUUCUUUCGGAAUGAAGCAACGGACCACUUUGCUGGUAGUCGCAGCGUUAUUGUUGGAAGAAGCACUUCUAACCAGCGCAUUGAAAGAUGGUGGGGUACGCUACGUCAACAAGGAAUACAGUGGUGGAUUAACUUUUUUAAAGAUUUGCGCGAUUCUGGUCGUUUCAAUGAACUCGACCAGAUACAUUGUGAAAAUUUGAAAUUUUGUUUUAUGAACCUAACACAAACACACCUGGAUAGAAUUGCUCAACAGUGGAAUGUACAUGAAAUUAGACCUCAGCACAAUUCCGACGCACAUUACGGAAAACCUGACAUAAUGUAUUUUUUACCUGAAACGUUUGGCGCGUUUGAUUAUGGUACGGUGGUUGACAAACGUGAUGUGACCUGUUGUAAAGACAUGUAUUCAGUUCCAAAGAGAAAGUUUGACAAAUUCAGCGAAUUGGCUUAUCUACCACCAUCUUCUAAAGUUGAGUGGCUUAAUAAUUUUGCUAUAUCCCUAGAAAAAUCAUAUUUAGAGGAAAAAGAAUGUAUUGUUAUUGGAGAUUUUAACUAUGAUAUUUUGAAGCAUGAUAAUUGUUCUAAAUCUUGGUUAGAUCUAAUGCAGUCUGUAAAUUUUUCUCAGCUUGUUGAAUCUCCUACCAGACCCGACCUCCAAAUGCCAGUAGAUGCCGAUUCAGCAUUGAAUUUGUUCCUGGAGUUGAAUGAUUUAGUGGCAAACUCGUAUGAAGACUGA